ACACACCCUAAGGACACCAGCAAUCCGAGUGUGAACCACUCUGCCCUGCCUGCUGCUGCUCAGCUGUAUCCACGCCGUCCAAACUUUAUCUCAGGAUCUGCGGGCUGAACGUGCUACUACUGACGGCCCCUCGACACAUUAUUGUAGCAGCGUCAAGAAAGAGGGAGGCACCAGGGCAUCAUGUCAGUGGCGGAUGCCCCUGCAAUAGAAGUGGCAGCGGCGGCCCCGGUGCAAGCAAUUGACGGGCAAGAGGGGGAGCCGGUGCCUUCGUUUCUAUCCAUGCAGGUGGAGCCUUACUUUUGGGAGGAAGGGGGUAACCCCAACGUGGACUGGUGGGCAAAAAUCCGACACUCGCUGCACUUUGGAGGAGUCAAAGCGGUUGCAGGGGCGGAGGCAAUUGGGGAGGUGGUGGCCAACACGCUGGGCUUGAACGAUUCAAAGUAUCAGUACGUUAUCGACGCACUUGAGGCGGACGAAAUUCGCGAAAAGCGGGAGCAAAGGGACGAAGAAGACAGAAGACAGAUGGCGCUCGAAGAAGAGGCCGCGAAAGCAAGGGAGCGCCGGGAGCAGCAGGACGGAGAAGUCAAGCAGGACUCGGGAGCGAUAGAGUUGGGAGACACCAGGGUCUCGCUGCCCGACAGCGGUGGCGAGACCGCGCUCCCCGAGGGAUCGACAGCGUAGACUGGGAUAUUGAAUGUCACCUUGCGGAACUACCGCAACGCCAUACAAGUUGUCGUGGGAGUUGUGUGAAUAAUCGGCUAGAUGCAUAAAUUUGGAUCUUGCGGUGUGCGCAACGCAGUCAUGUGUCGCGGCCAUAAUGUAAGUAGUUGUAUGUGCCCCGAGUUUGGUAUGAAUUUGUUUCUCGCAUGAUGCACAUGAGACAUGAGAGCGAGACGAGGCGCGUCUUUGAAUGUCGCAUGCUUGGAGCUUGGCUCCAACGAACGGCCCAUGUUGUUAAGGGGUUUGAGUGGAAUGAAUCUGGGCGGUAUAGAAACUAUCAGUCUAGAGCAGGAGUGCCAGUUCAUGGCGGGAGCUGCAAGUCCCGGGCGGUAGGAUCAUCAGAUCAGGCUUAAACGGCCCCUCCCUGCAGGAGGCACCGCCCGUGGUGUUCGGUCUACAACGAGAGCAAGGCAGUAGCAAGCACUCAUGUUUAUUUUUGUUUUUCGAUACGUAGCACGUGGUGAAGGUCUUGAGGGCCUGCUACGAGGUCAAUACGCGCACCAUUUGGCUUCCGCCUGAGGCAAUAAUUGCCACAGCCUCUUCGAAAGGAAACUACCUCAAAGAUAUAUUUUUGCCGA